UCAGAUUAAGAACUUUGCUUCAGGAUGAGAACAGAAAUCGUGCAGCAGCAGCGGGAGGCCCCAUUAGCUAAAGUGGUGCUUCAGGUUAAGAACAGUUUCAGGUUAAGAACAGACCUCCGGAACAAAUUGAGUACUUAACCUGAGGUACCACUGUAUUACACACAGACAGACCCGAAGCUUUAAGUCAUUUUUUGCACUUCGUUCCAGAACGAAUUAAGUUCUUAACCCGAGGUACCACUGUAUUACACACAGACAGACCCAAAGCCUCUGGGAUAACUAAGUCGGUAGAGUUAGAUCAACCUCAGGCUGUGAGUUAUAGCCCCGAGUUGGGCAAAAGGGGGUUGGACUAGAUGACCCUCAGGGGUUCCUUUCCAACUCCACGGUUCUAUGAAACGGCCACAGCUCGACAGCUUCUCUCCUCCACCCUGGGUUUCCCCUUCGCAGCACAAGCCUGGGAAGGUGCGCUCAGGGGUAAACCCCACCCGAGUCCAAACUGGGGUGGGGGCAGCCCAACAUUUGCGAAAUGUGCAAAGGGUGGGGGGAGAAAGAGGAGCCUCAGUCGGGGUCUCCGACACUCCCAACAGCCCCCUCAGACGCGGGCUCCCCGCCUCGCGACGGCCCCCUCAGAUAACCGCCGCCAACGGGAGCUCAGGCGGUCUCCCCUCCCCACCCAUUCCUCCCUUCAUUUCCUCUCAGGCGCCCCCACUUACCUCAGAAACAAAAACACGCCCGCCCUCCAACGUCACCCCGCCGCAUACGCGAGACCAGGCUCGCUCUCCGCCACCUGCACCCGCUUCAAAAGCACUCGCUAGGCCCCGCUCGGAACCUGCCGUCGCUCCGCAACCCCGAAUUUCCCUUCUAUUUUCUUCUCUUUUCCCCCCCCCCAACCCGCCGCCGCCACCACCGCUGCCUCCGCCGGAAACACGCCAGAUUCAACCCGGAUGCGCGACCCCGCCCACACAGCGGAGUAGCCCGAGCCGAGACCGCUCUAGCCAAUGGCGGGGCUUUGUGGUUUAGGUUGCCUCCGCCUUCUCCAGACCAGAGAAAAAGAGCGGGUGGGGGCGUGGUCCUUUCCGCUAUGGGCGUGUCUGGGGGCGGGGCCUAGAUGGAGGCUGAUGCUUAGAAUGCCGCGGUUCUGUUUGAUCCCGCUGACUCGAGAGACGUCGGAGGCUGCAGGUCCUGGGGGGAGGCGGGUGGCGCUGUGGUUUAAACCGUUGAGCUUCUUGGAAUUGCUCGUUCAGAAGGCCGGCGGCUCGAAUCCUCCACGAUCGGGGCGAACCCUACAUUUGACCUUACAAGAGCAGUCUCUGAGAUCGGAAUAAUUAGACAUUAUCCACAUUCCUUGUUCUGGGGAAGAAACUGGUUUUUCCAGCUCUUGCAUAAUCUCCAUUGAAACUUUUAAAGUUUCUAAACAACUUCACCCAUUCCCCAUCUUCUGUAGGAACAAAAUCAUGUGAUUUGGUCUCAGUCCUGUAUUGUACAACCUUUUUAAAAUUUACCUAAUGAAAAGAGAGGGCUGCCUUUUGCUCGUGGGUCAGAUAACUCCAUGCCCUCCAACUUUUCUCCAGUGAAAAUAGUGACCAUAUCUUAUCAUAUGUUCCAACAUUUCUCUGCUGAAAAUAGUGACAUCCUAAGGAAAAGCUGUGGGUUAAACCACAGAGCCUAGGACUUGCCGAUCAGAAGGUCAGUGGUUCAAAUCCCCACAAUGGGGUGAGCUCCUGUUGCUUGGUCCCUGCUCCUGCCAACCUAGCAGUUCGAAAGCACAUCAAAGUGCAAGUAGAUAAAUAGGUACCACUCCGGCGGGAAGGUAAACAGCGUUUCCAUGCGCUGCUCUGGUUUGCCAGAAGCGGCUUAGUCAUGCUGGCCACAUGUACGCCGGAUCCCUCAGCCAAUAAAGCGAGAUGAGUGCUGCAACCCCAGAGCCCGCCACGACUGGACCUGCUGGUCAGGGAUCCCUUUACCUUUACCUAAGGAAAAGCAGGACAUUCUGGGAUCAAAUAAGAAACCAGGACAGCAUCUGUAAAUCCGAGAGCGCCCCUGGAAAAUAGGAACAUUUGGAGGGUCUGUGAUGGUUUCUAAACCAGAUACCUCUAUCAAGAAUGAAGGAGGAAUUCACAGUGAUAGAAACCAACCAUCUUUUGAAAAUGUUGUGGCAUGCGCUGAUCUGGCUGUACACCAUCUGCUGAAUUGUCAUGUAUGCACAUUUUGUCAUAUCAUGAAUGCUGUGUGAAUCAACACACAAGUGUGACAACACAAAACAACCACAGUGCAAAAGGUGUAUCAAUUCAGACAUGCCAGUAAAGAACCAGGCCAUCAUAUUAGCAUCACUUCUGCUUUAUUUUUCAUUAAAUACUAUGAGUGGCCAUGAUAUUUAUGUAGAAUCCAGUGCUUACAUCAUAGCUGUCAACGUUUCCCUUUUUUAAAGGGAAUAGGAUAGGAUUCCUCGCAAGAAAGGGGGAAAGUUGACAGCUAUGGCUUAGAUGAGUAUCUUCCUGCGUUGGAAAUAUAUAUCUAUUUAAUGCAUUCAUUCAUUCAUGAUUCGUUCAACUAACUUGAAAAGUCAAGCCUUCGGAGCAUCAAGUGCAAAAUAGCUGGAAAUUCUUCUCGAAGAAUUUCACAGCACUCUCUGCUAUCGAUUUUUUAAAUGCAUCAGUUGGUGAUACUGUCACUUUAAUACUUUAUUUGCCUCCAAUUGGUUGAAAGAUUGGAACAUUCCUGCAUGUCGAAGGAAAGCCUCGCCACGCGAUUGGCUGCGCUGGACGCAGCAGGAUACUUCCUGGAAUGUCUGCAACCCAACGUUCCUCCAGGUCUGUUUCACUGGAAAAGUGGUGGUCGUGAUCCUCUUUUAUUCGAAAUGUAAUUAAUAGACUCGGAAUGGUUGGUAAAGAGAAUCUGGGAGUUUAAUAAGCUCUCCUGUACUUUGCGUACGGCAGGGAAAAAUAUCGGUGCAUGUUGCAGGGCUGGUUGAAUCCAUGUUCCGUGGGGGAGGCGGGAGGCGGGAGGCGGUUGGGGAACUGCUUACCAGUAUAUUUACUUACUUACAAUCAUAUAAUCAUGGAAUUGUAGAGUUGAAAGGGACCUUGAGGGUCGUGGAGUUUUUAACUUAUUUUCCUCCCGUUUGAAUAUUAACCACGGUGCAGAAAUUUAAGUAUCAGCCGAUCGAUCUUUGCGUAAGCCAGAAGGGAAACCUACAGCAAAAAUAAAUAGCCAGGAGAUCAGUUUUGCAUGUGUUGAUCACAUAGGUGGUUGAAGAUCUGCAAAAAGCAAGGUGCCUUUUCCUUCCAGGCGUGUGUGAACAGUAACACAAGCAAGGAUGCUAUACCCGUUUUCUUGAAACCAGUCUUCUACACAUGCCAAAGAAGUCUUUCGUGUACGGUGCUCAGAACAGGUAAUAAAGAUCAGCGUGGACCCUUUUAACUGAUACCAGGGCAGGUUGAUAAUUUGCAUAAAAAUAGAGUAUACACAUCCAUAGCAAUAACAGCAGCUAUAGUGCUUUAAGUGUUGCUGGAAUUUGCGCAUGAGCAGACACAGAAAUGGAAGAGAAUUGUUGACCUUUUACUUGUUCAUUGAAUGGCACUCUUCACAUCAUGUUAUUAGCUGUAAAUCUGGGAGUGCGUAAAAGAGGGUGAUCUUCUGCUUGUGUUCAAAGAUUGUAAUCAGUUGAAGCUCUUAUAAAGUUAAGGGUUAAAAAUAUUGUGGCAUCAGGAUGGGGUUCUUUUACCAACUCAAAACAACAUCUCCAGAAAGUUUUGUGGGGGUUUUUUGCGUUUCUGUCUGUCGAGAUUUUUAAAAAAUGUGACCAGGGCAAUUGAUCUGACGUUAAUCUAGUUGAAAAAUCAAAAUGCCAUGAACACAAAAUUCUAAAAUAUGAGACUGGAACUAAGCAAAAUAGCAUAUUUUUCUCACAUUUGAUGGAUAUUUUCAUAACUGCCUUUCUCUUUAUAAAAUGGUCUUGCCUACUUUCUAUAGGGACGCGGGUGGCGCUGUAGGUUAAACCACAGAGCCUAGGACUUGCCAAUCAGAAGGACGGCAGUUCAAAUCCCCACGACGGGGUGAGCUCCUGUUGCUCGGUCCCAGCUCCUGCCAACCUAGCAGUUCGAAAGCACGUCAAAGUGCAAGUAGAUAAAUAGGUACCGCUCUGGCAGGAAGGUAAACGGCAUUUCCGUGCGUUGCUCUGGUUCGCCAGAAGCGGCUUAGUCAUGCUGGCCACAUGACCCGGAAGCUGUACGCUGGCUCCCUCGGCUAAUACAGCGAGAUGAGCGCGGCAACCCCAGAGUCGGUCACUCUUUAUCUUUACCUUUACCUUUACUUUCUAUAUCAUGUGGAUAACCUGUACCUCCCCCCACCCCCAAAUGUUGCUGGUCUACAGCUCCCAGCAUUUCUGAUGACUGGCCAUGAUGGCUGGGGCGGAAACAACAUCUGAAAGUCCACAGGUUGGCCACCUGUUCUUUCAUAUCAACUGACAUAUACCAGAUUUCUUAAAAAAUCAUUCUUGGCAUUCUGUGCAAAAUUGUUGAUUUACGGAAUUUUUCACACAGAAUGACGGGGGGAAAGAGUAAUGCAAAACAUCUUGAAAUUGAUAAAAUUUGGACAGUCUAAUUCUGGAAGCUAGGAAUAGCAGCUGCGUUUGUGUCUACAUGGUGGAACUUCUGAUUUUUGGACACAUUUGAAGCAUGGCUUUCUGUGUCCUUAGAGGAAGUCACAAAAUAACAGUGCCUUUGCUCAAGGUUAAAAUAACAAGGUUUUAUUAUUAUCUACUGCAGUCAGCACCUUUUCCGUUUGUUCUGUUUGCUGGAUAUUAAGACAUAAUAAUAAUAAUAAUAAUAAUAAUAAUAAUUGUUUACUCAGAUACUGGAAAUCAAAAGCCAUUCAAAAUGACGACAGAAACAUUGGUGAAGGAUAUUAAACCAGGCUUGAAAAACCUCAAUCUUAUAUUCAUUGUUCUGGAAACAGGUGAGUGCUCUACGGAUGACAACUGCUGACAUGCUUUAAAAACCUAUUGCAGUAUAGCUAAGAGGUCCGUCUGCUUCCUUGUUUCACAGAAUCAUACUAAAAGACAUAGAACCAUCACAUUUACUCUAUUAAUUAUGGGCUGCACAUGGUCUUCCUUCUAUCAGUAGCCAAUGAAAGGUGACAUUGCAUGAUCACUAUUAGUAUUUCUGAAUAGGAUUCUUUGAAAUGCAGAAGCAGACUGGAUUCCUGUCAGGCUGAGUACAGCUUAUGGAAGAAUCUAAGGAUCUUUUACUCUUGCCUUUAAAAAAAACCACAACUUGUGCUUUUAGCACAGUGUGUUUAUCUGGAUUCAGAAAAGUGUUGUGCUAUAUUGAGUGUUGUGGGUUUUUUGGACUGUCAGCUCGUACUGAUGCACCCUGUUGCAAGUCAGAAUAUUGUUGCCUCGUUUAUAUAGCGUGCAUUGCAAAUCCAUAUCACUUGCAUUGUCAAUAAUACUUCUAGGUUCCUUUCUUGUUUAUGCCGUACAAUUUGAGGGUACCCUUUCCUCUCCCCUUUCCAGGAGUGUUUCAUUUUCUUCCUCUUCUGGUGAUAAAGAGGUGUGCUCUGCAAAUGUUUCCAUGGGGUGGGAUUGGCACGGAACACUCGCUGCUUCCCAGCCUGUACUUCUGGCCUGAAAGCAGAAACACCCUUUUAGCUGCCUUGAAUUUUGCUAACCAUUCCUACCAGAAUGUCCCAGAAACUCCAGCGGGUGCAGAAUUCUGCAGCGAGGCUCCUCACGGGGUCCCUGCCAUGGGAGCAUAUUCACCCAGUGCUUUUCCAGCUGCACUGGCUCCCGGUGGAGUACAGGGUCAGAUUUAAGGUGCUGGUUUUGACCUUUAAAGCCCUUCACGGCCUAGGACCCUCGUACCUAUGGGACCGCCUCUCCCAGUAUGCCCCACAGAGGACCUUAAGGUCCAUAAAUAGCAACACCCUAGUGGUCCCGAGCCCUAAGGAAGUCAGAUUAGUUUCAGCCAGAGCCAGGGCCUUUUCAACACUGGCUCCGGCCUGGUGGAACGCUCUGUCUCAUGAGACCAGGGCCCUGCAGGAUCUGAUUUCUUUCCGCAGGGCCUGUAAGACAGAGUUCUUCCGCCUGGCCUUUGGCUUGGAGUCAAUUUGAUUCCCUCCUCCUCUUUCUUUUUCCUUUCUCCUCCUGUGACGAGGCUGCAUUUUAAUGUUUUAAUGUUGCAUUUUAAUCUUGUUUUUAUUAUUGGUUGUUGGCCGCCCUGAGCCUGGCCUUGGCUGGGGAGGGCGGUGUAUAAAUAAAAUUUAUUAUUAUUAUUAUUAUUGCCACCAGGCCGGGUUACCAAGACCAAGGAUGGCCAUGAAGUGCGGACAUGUAAAGUAGCCGACAAAACUGGCAGCAUAAACAUCUCUGUGUGGGACGAUGUUGGCAACCUCAUCCAACCAGGAGACAUCAUCCGACUCACCAAAGGGUAUGGACCACCUUUCCAAUAGGGGUGCGAUAGGAGAAAGUGGGGAAAAUUGGAUGUUCCUUUCUCCAAGUGGACCUUUAGCUCCAGCCCCAGAAGUAACAGGUGAUUGGGCCCAUUUUAGGCUUUUUCAGGUAUAUGCUUAAGAUCACAUAGUAUAAUAAUAAGAAUAAUAAUUUAUAAUCCAGGUGGGGGCAGCUCACAUGCUUAAUCUUUCUGUCCACAUUCUUAGCUCUUAUCUCAACCCUUAUCUUCCUUGCACAAGACACAUCCCACAAUAUAAUAAUAAUAAUAAUAAUAAUAAAAAUAAUAAUGAAUUUAUUUAUACCCUGCCCAUCUAGUUGGGUUUCCCCAGCCACUCUGUGCGGGUUCCAACAGAACAUUAAAAACUUCCCUAAACAGGGCUGCCUUCAAAUGUCUUCUGAAAGUCAGAUAGUUAUUUAUUUCCUUGACAUCGGAUGGGAGGGCGUUCCACAGGGCGGGCGCCACUACUGAGAAAGCCCUCUGCCUGGUUCCCUGUAACCUCACUUCUCACAGUGAGGGAACUGCUAGAAAGCCCUUGGAGCUGGACCUCUGGGCUGAACGAUGGGGGGGAGACGCUCCUUCAGAUAUACUGGGCCAAGGCCAUUUAGGGCUUUAAGUGUCAGGACCAACCCUUUGAGUUGCGCUUGGAAACAUACUGGGAGCCAACGUAGGUCUUUCAGGACUGGUGUUACAUGGUCUCGGCGGCCACUCCCAGUCACCAGUCUAGCUGCUGCAUUCUGGAUUAGUUGUAGUUUCCGGGUCACCUUCAAAGGUAGCCCCACAUAGAGCGCACUGCAAUAGUCCAAGCAGGAGAUAACCAGAGCAUGCACCACUCUGGUGAGACAGUCUGUUGGCAGGUAGUUUCUCAGCCAGCAUACCAGAUGGAGCUGGUAGACAGCUGCCCUGGACACAGAAUUGACCUGCGCCUCCAUGGACAGCUGUGAGUCCAAAAUGACUCCCAGGCUGUGCACCUGGUCCUUCAGGGGCACAGUUACCCCAUUCAGGAGCGUAAGAAGUCACCUUGAACCAAGUCAGGCCCUUAGUCCAUCUGUCUGAGUCCUGUCUGUGCUGCCUGGUAGUGGCUUUCCAGGGUUUCAUGUGUUUAAAAUAAUUCAGAAUGAAUUGCAGUGCUGGCUCCAAGAUCUUGGGUGGGGAGAGCACACUUGAAUCUGGGAGAGGAAGGAUGUACAGAGAAUUAUCCUUUUGCCUUGCCUGUGAUCUUCUUGGGUGUUCUGUGUGAAAUGGGAAUAGCAGUACUGUUGGUGUGUCCCAACUUUGCCAGCCCCAAGUAGUUAAACUGAGCGUUUCUUUUUUUUUUAUUAUUAUUUGUUUGAUACCCAGCAGCUGAAGGGCAACAUUCUGAACUUCAUCCAGAGGAAGUGAAGAGUGCUUAACAGUGCAACCCUAUACCUGUCUACUCAGAAGUAAGUUCCACUGAGUUCAGUGUAACUUACUCCCAGGUAAGUGGGUAUAGGAUUGUAGCUUAAGACUUCUUAGCUUUAAUGAGACUUUAAAAUGUGCAGAUUAUACCCAAUAGUAUCUGGAACUGCACAGGAACUCAAUUGACUUAACUGAGAAGACAGGUGGACUAUUUUAUACUGAAAUGUGGGGUAACAAAUUUUAUAAAUAGAAUAUGCAUCAUACAACUGGAGAACAACUUUAUGCGUCUGUGCUUCAAGGUACCCCCCAAAUCGGGUAUUUUGUUUCUAGCUGGUGCAUUUUCCACCUAUAAGAAGAAUGUUGUGCUGUUCCUAACCAUGGGUCUCUCUCUCCUAGGUAUGCAUCUGUUUUCAAAGGCUGCCUGACCUUGUACACUGGACGUGGAGGAGACUUGCAGAAAGUUGGAGAGUAAGGCCUGUAUUUGGCUGAUGCCAAUGUUGCUUUUUUGGAAUUGGAGGUUUGGUACAUGGUUGGUUUUUUUAGGUUCAGACACACAGCCAGAUUUCUACCAAAUGAUAGUAUUUGCUCCAGGGGCUCUCACCACCAUAAGUCAAGAAGGCAGCUUCCAAGAUAGAAAAGACUGGUGACUACUUUGCAUGCUGACUGCACCGUAAUAAACGGUUCAGGCUACAGUUAGCAAAUGUAUUGAACAUUGAGAGGCAUUGCUUGCAUAAGAAUCUCUCCCCCCUGCCCUCCAUAAAGGUAAAGGGAACCCUGACCUUUACCUUCCCACCGGAGCGGUACCUAUUUAUCCACUUGCACUUUGAGGUGCUUUUGAACUGCUGGGUUGGCAAGAGCAAGGACCGAGCAACGGGAUUCAAACUGCUGACCUUCUAAUCGGCAAGUCCUAGGCUUUGUGUUUUAACCCACAGCGCCACCCGCGUCCUGUCUGCCCUCCAUAACUGUACUACAAAUGCUCAUUAUUUUUUAAUUAACUCUGUAGGAUAAAUACCUCUCUGUGCAUUUCAAAAGACAUCCACUAAUUUGUAAUCUAAGGCAAACGCCACAUCCUUCCUACCUCCCUUACAAAUGAUUCCCAUUUCCCCCCCCUAGGAUGUUUCUAUGAAAAGACCCACCAUUCCUGAGCUUUUAUGCUCAAUUAGGUAAUUAUAUGAGUAAUAAUGGUUGGGGUUGAUGGUGGCUUGCAGUUGGGGUCUUCAGGUUGUUCCCACGUGCUGCUGCUUUAACUGGAACUCUCUUGAGUGAACUUGCACAGCUGCUGCUACCCAUUUCUGAAAUUGUUAUUCUUCUUUUCAAUAGUAUGGACGUUAGAUUACCCAUAGCCUGGAAAAAAAAUAUGCAUGCUGUCAGGUUUUGAUUUUGACAGCUUGAGAUUUUAUUUUACCUUCCUUCCUGCAGCCCUGGCUUCCCCACUCUUAUGCAAGUAUAGGAUAUUGUCAAAGUUUGGGGUUGUUGAUGUCUGGCAUUAAUCUAGGGCCAGGCCUGAAUUAUUAUUGCUAAUUGGCAUAUGGUUACCAUCCCUCACUGCCCACGUAGAGCUGCAUACAUGUAGGGAGAGGGAGAAUAAUAAUAAUAUUAUUAUAAUAAUUUAUUAUUUAUACCCUGCCCAUCUGGCUGGGUUCCCCCAGCCACUCUGGACAGACAUUUGUCAGUGGACUGACAGCUGCGUUGUAUCUGCUGCCUCUCCUGUUCCAGGUUUUGUAUGGUUUACUCAGAAGUACCAAAUUUCAGUGAGCCAAACCCAGAAUAUGUCGCCCAGCAGUCGCAAAACAAAAAUGUGAGUAUCAGGAUUCUUAACUAACGCUGGUGGGUGAGAUGAAUUUUGAAGGAAGGGCUUCCUGACCCAAUCACAAGGGGUGUUCGUUGUUGUUGUUGUUGUUUAGUCAUUUAGUCGUGUCCAACUCUUUGUGACCCCAUGGACCAGAGCACGCCAGGCACUUCUGUCUUCCACUGCCUCCCGCAGUUUAGUCAAACUCAUGCUGGUAGCUUCGAGGACACUAUCCAACCAUCUCGUCCUCUGUCGUCCCCUUCUCCUUGUGCCCUCCAUCUUUCCCAACAUCAGGGUCUUUUCCAGGGAGUCUUCUCUUCUCAUGAAGUGGCCAAAGUACUGGAGUCUCAGCUUCAGGAUCUGUCCUUCCAGUGAGCACUCAGGGCUGAUUUCCUUCAGAAUGGAUAGGUUUGAUCUUCUUGCACUCCAUGGGACUCUCAAGAGUCUCCUCCAGCACCAUAAUUCAAAAGCAUCAAUUCUUCGGCAAUCAGCCUUCUUUAUGGUCCAGCUCUCACUUCCAUACAUCACUACUGGGAAAACCACAGCUUUAGCUAUAUGGACCUUUGUUGGGAAGGUGAUGUCUCUGCCUUUUAAGAUGCUGUCUAGGUUUGCCAUCGCCUUUCUCCCAAGGAGCAGGCGUCUUUUAAUUUCGUGGCUGCUGUCACCAUCUGCAGUGAUCAUGGAGCCCAAGAAAGUAAAAUCUCUCACUGCCUCCAUUUCUUCCCCUUCUAUUUGCCAGUAGGUGAUGGGCCCAGUGGCCAUGAUAUUUGUUUUUUGAUGUUGAGCUUCAAACCAUAUUUUGCGCUCUCCUCUUUCACCCUCAUUAGAAGGUUCUUAAAUUCCUCCUCACUUUCUGCCAUCAAGGUUGUGUCAUCUGCAUAUCUGAGGUUGUUGAUAUUUCUUCCGGCAAUCUUAAUUCCGGCUAGGGAAUUAAUCCAGCCCAGCCUUUCGCAUGAUGAAUUCUGCAUAUAAGCUAAAUAAGCAGGGAGACAAUAUAUAGCCUUGUCGUACUCCUUUCCCAAUUUUGAACCAAUCAGUUGUUCCAUAUCUAGUUCUAACUGUAGCUUCUUGUCCCAAAGGGGUGUUUAUGCCUCCCUUUACCGCAGGGAAAUGCAUCACUCCAAAUUCUCGUGACCACCCUAUACUCAGUGCAGCUCUCUUCUAUACGCCAAUGCUUAUUUUUAUAUUGUAUUUUGCUACAGGCAGCUGUUGCAUUUCUUUGCCCUGAGAAAAUGGAAGCUACGGUGGGUGUUAAGGAUUAUACACCUUAAUCUUUCAGGAAGCAAGCCCGUAAGGUCUCAGGUGCAGAACCUGGGAGGAUUCCUGUAUAUUAAGAGCAGAGCGGAAAGCACAAAUUUUACCCAUCACAGUGAGGGGGUGAAGCUGCAAAGAAGAGGGUUUUUCCAUUUGGUGUAACUCUUAAUGGUACAGGGAGGUCUUCUCAGUUACGGAUUUGGCAAUUCAUCUGGAUUGCCUUACUGGAUCUGACUCGAGAGUGAGUUAUGAUGACUGGGAUGGAAUUGUCUUCCUUAGCAUGUAGAUGUGCUCCCUCUCUCUCUCCAGGGUGCUAGAUAACAUCUUCCAAGAUUCACUUUGCCUAGAUAAAUGUGGACACAUUACAAGUCUUUUGGGGAGACGGUAACCGCUCUAGCCCUGCUCCUCUUGUUUUCCUCUUGUUUUCUGACUUAUAAAACAUAUAACUAUAUAUAUUCAUCUCAGGCUGUGUACACAUCAUAUGUUUAAAGCACAUGCACCCAACCCUCAAGAAUAUUGUAGUUCAAGGGUGCUGUGAGAGGUAAACUACAGUUCCCAGGAUUCCUUGGGAGAAGUCAUGUGUUUUAAAUAUAUGGUGUGUACACAGCUAUAGUUAGGUUUGAUUUCAGCAUACUUCUGUAAACCUUCCCCUCCCACUCCUCUGCCCAUGGCUGUUGUAUCUGUGGAACUUCUGUAUACAGUGGUACCUCGGGUUAAGUACUUACCGUAAUUCGUUCCGGAGGUCCGUUCUUAACCUGAAACUGUUCUUAACCUGAAGCACCACUUUAGCUAAUGGGGCCUCCUGCUGCUGCCAUGCCGCCGGAGCACAAUUUCUGUUCUCAUCCUGAAGCAAAGUUCUUAACCCGAGGUACUAUUUCUGGGUUAGUGGAGUCUGUAACCUGAAGGGUCUGUAAGAUGAAGAGUAUGUAACCUGAGGUAUCACUGUAUGUCAAAAAAAAUCAGUAGACUUUUGCUUUCUUCGACAGACACAGAAUGACAACGCAGCGCCCACAGCCUCCCAAACCACACCAGGGCCUUCCACGUCAUCAGCAGGUAGGCAGUGAAUGAUCUUGCACUUCCUAGUACCAUUGAGCGAAACGGAUACCUGCAGGUGAGAGAAGCACAAGUCGUGCAUGUCAGGAUUUUGUGCCUCGUUGUAUUAUUUAGCCUGGAAAUGGCCAACAUCUAACUCAUGGCCUAUCUAAGGGUCAAAUUGGACAUGGCAAUGGGUUGUACCCAAUGUGAUAUUACAUGAAUGUUCUGUCAGCGCAAAGAUUUAUGCUUCUGCAAUGGAAUGUUCUCCCCUUCUCCCCCCCCCCCAAUUGUGCCUCCUAAAUCUGUCCUAGGGGUUCCUCAAACCCUCUGGGGCAAAUUUGACGAGGGUACAAGGCGCGCACAAUGGAACGUGGCCAGGGUGGGGAGCCACACUGCAAAGACGAAACCCUUGCACUGACAGGUUUGGCAGUUGAAUACUGCCCAUUAAAUAAAUCUUCUUGUUUAAUGUACAGUUUUUGGUUUUUUUAAUUCAAAUAGUAUCAAUGGAGUGGGGGGCAGUUGCUAAUAAUUGCUGGAAUUACAGCAAGCUGGGGGGGGGGGGAUUUAACGCUUUCCUAUUGCAUCCCUAAGGAAAAUCUUUCCUUUGAAGCUAGUGCUCUUUUCUUUUUAAACUGGCAACUGGUAAUUUUAAAUUAAAACCAAAACUAGGUACGUUAUUUGUUUAUUGAAUCACUUACUUAUUUAUUGGAUCAGUCCUACAGCUUCUAAAAACAGCAUCUGUCAGCAGAAACAUUCUGACCGUAUAUUCUAUCACAGUGUUGCACAAAGGCUUCCCUUCUCUAAAAUGAAAUAAAUACUUCGCUUUUUCUCUCCCUCCUGUAAAGCUAGCAGUGAGAGCUGAUCUAUACAGUGGUACCUCGGGUUAAGUAUUUAAUUCAUUCCGGAGGUCCAUUCUUAACCUGAAACUGUUCUUAACCUGAAGCAGCACUUUAACUAAUGGGGCCUCCUGCUACCACCGUUCUGCUGAAGCAUGAUUUCUGUUCUCAUCCUGAAGCAAAAUUCUUAACCUGAAGCACUAUUUCUGGGUUAGCGGAGUCUGUAACCUGAAGCGUAUGUAACCUGAAGCGUAUGUAACCCGAGGUACCACUGUAUAGCAUUGUGUAUUCCACACACUUGAAUGCAUCUAGCAUUCAACUGAAAAUGCCACAUUUCCCAUUUGCUAGCUACUUUAGUUCCUAUAACAACAAGUAGAAGACUCUUUUUACUAUAUCCCAGCAGGAAUACCAAUGGAUUUGUUGGCUCCAUCUCUGUGGGUUCCAGUAAGGUUUUUCUGUUCUCCUUUCCCCUCCCCUCCCUUUCUUUUAGUCACUGACAACCAGAAUGGCAACGGGUUGAUCACCACUGGCUCUGGCAGCUCCACCCACACACCUAGUGCCCCCUCUCACCCCACCAGCGGCCGCAUCACCCGGAGCCAGCCCAACCACCAGAGCGGAAGCUCGUCAGGGUCGUCCUCUAACUCAGUCAGCAAUGGCAAAGAGACACGGCGAAGCAGCAAGAGAUAACAAGCACAGGAUUUGGGGUUGCUUUUCUGUCCCUUCCCUCCACUGCCUGCUGUGUUAACCUUUGCCUCCUGCUGAUCAGCUUUGAGGCAGAGCGGCUGACACCGAAAAGAAGAUGGGUGGCGAGGCUAUGGAUGCAGAGACUCUGAAUUGUACGAAACCAAUUUGUAUUUUAGCCACUGAAAUCUCCUUUUUAACAUGUGGUGCCAAGUACCGGGUGAGGGUCUUGAGUGCGUUUAUGCUGAUAAUCCCAGGUCAAACUUGUUCUUUUCAGGAUUCCUGGAUAAUCUCACUCUUUGCAGGAAAUUAACAUGUCUGCCUGACCGCCUUUUAACCUGAUUGCGUUUCAUUGCUCCCUUCUAACUUCCCAGAGGACAUGUUCCUGUGCCACAGGCGCAUGCGUCCUUGAUUUUAACUCCCUUCUAAAAAACAAAGUCUAGAACCCUUAAAAGAGGGGUUUGAAAGAUGUGACCCUUCAAGGGCUAUUGGACUCCAAUUCCCAUCAGUCCCAGCUAGUACGGCCAAUGGUUGGGAUGAUGGGAGUUGUCCAUCAACAUCUGAAAGUCCACAGGUUCCCCAUCUCUGGUUUAAAACUAUUUAUUGUGGACGAAAUCUAUGAAACAACUCUAGACCAAGUGGCUUUGUUAAUUAUUAUUGGGGGCUAAAUGACAGGUUGUGUUUCAGUUUCCAUAAGGCUCUUGAGUUUCAUGGGAUGUUUUGUAAGGAGGAGGUGUACCCAGACAAACAAACAGAAUUUAUGCCACUUUUUCCGAGCCAAACUGAGUGACUAUCCAGAACCGGCCAGUGAGAUAGCACUGUCCCCCAAACAUAUUCUUGACUGAUAUUAUAGCUCACAGCAUCUUGUAGCUAGGUUUCUGUAGAUAUAAUGAUGAUGUUAGAUUUAGAUGUGUGGCUAAAUUGAGAAGCUUUUAAACAACAACAACAAAAACCUCAAAAAAAAAAACAACACACGCCCAAAUCUAAAUUAUGAAAAAUGAGGAUUCGGUUAUAUUUUAAUUUCUAUUAUUGUGCAGAAAACUUUAAAUAGAUUUGUGUUUCUAUUCCAGCGUAUCUCAGCAUGGUUGGCAUCAAAGGCUGGCAGUGUUGGGCAUAUUUUCUGGGGCUUGUCAGGCUCACAAGCCACUGCUGCCAGCUAGGUUCUCAUUUGGUAGAAGGCCCAGCCAGGGUCAGAGAUGUAAGGUGUGUUUGCCUCUAAACUGGUCCAGACCCUGUGUGAAGUAAGAAAGCUACUCAGACUACCCCCUUUAACCUCUUUUGGGGUUAAUCAUUGCUGUUCUCUAUGUCCUUGUUCCUCUCUCCUAACAUUUAAGGGGCCUAUUAGGCUCAAGGACCCCAGAAAGCUAUUGAUUGCCCUGGUUUCAGUUAGCUAAAAGAAAUCUGCAGAAUAGUCUGCUUUGUAAAUGGAACACUAAAAGUUUUGAAAGGAAGAUAAGAUGGCAUUUAAACACUACAAAAUCGUUUUGCCAAACUUAAAACAAUUUCUCGAAAGCCAAUAAAAUGUUCAGAAGAAACAUUUUCUCUCUCUUUUUUGAAGUGCUAUUUUAUCUAGCCGUUUGGGUCCUUGUCUCCUUUUCUCUCUUUCCUUCUGUUCUCCACUCUAGAGUAAUUGCUUGAAUUUCUCAACUGGUUGUUUUUUUUAAAGCUACGUCACUGUUGUCUAAAAUCUGAUGUGACAGUUUGAAUGUACUAUUCAUGAAUGUUUGGGGAAUAAAUAUUUUAAUCCUCUUUACAAUGUGAAUGUCUCUGAUCGGAGAAAAUGGGUCAUUGCAUGGAACAAUGGAUGUGAGUGCAAAACUGGAAGUAACUUUUUUCUUGUUUGCUUACAAACGUAGGACAAAAUGACAUAAUUGUGUAGAUAACAAUACCUCAGUAAAUCUAGCCAACUGACCUUU